AUGCCAGCAGCUCCAACUUCUGAAGAACGACAGAUCUUUCUCGCCUGUAGGGCCAUCUUCAGCGAGCUCCUUGAGAUUCCCAAUUACAAUCUAACUGUGGUUGUGCCCAUUGUUAAGGCGCUUCUGGAGAAGCGUCUCUUUGGCUCGAGUGCCAAAGCUGAAGCGUACUUUCCUGGUCUGUUUGAGCCAUGUCCUGUACGACAAACACAGAAUGCGGCACUUGAACAGGAAGCGUCCCGGUCAAAUGAAGAAGUGCUCGAGGUGAUUUCACAAUCGUACGAAGAACAGGGGAGUGAAGGGGAAGAGGGACGAGGGGAAGUUGUAGCGGUCCCAGCCCCGGCACCAACAAAUUUUCGUUUCGCCCAAGUGGUGAAGGUAGAACAAGGAGAUGAUUCAGAUGAGACAUUAACGCCUGAGAGACCCACGGCUUCACUAUUCCCCUUGUACUUGCCCUAUCAUGCCCAGCAUCGGAUCCUGACCAAUGUGCAGCAAGUUUUAGAGGAGUGCAUAUUCGAAUUUAUGAGAAAGUGGCUCCCUGAAAAUCUUGAAAGAAACGGAUGGGACUGCGCUGCAGCUGUUGAAUUGACCAAGUGGACAAGGCCUCCCUUCAAAUGGACGUCCCAAAUUCCAGAAAGUGCUUUCCACCCAACAGACCUCAAGCUUGAGUCGAUCUUGUUAAAAGUAGUGCAAAUACGUCACACCGCUGUACAUCGACUUCCGACAACUGCACGCGGAGUUUGUGAUUUUGUUGGAAUUGCCAAGAAGCUGGCUGAGACUCUUGGAGACUCGUUGCGCACUUCACAGCUCGAGAAUCUCCAUCACGAUCUGCAGGAGAAGAUCCAAAUCCUCGAGUUCAACAAGAAUGUUCUGGAGGAAAAUUUAGCUUGUCAACUCAGAAACAUUGAAGCAGAGCGUGAACUGCUGAAUUGCCGGGAGGAGAGGCUGAGAGCCAAGACUGUCGAAGAUGAUAGGGAAAAUAAGCUCAUGAUGGGUCUUUUGCUAGAAGAGUCGCUGGAACAGAUAUUCAAGACUGAGGGGGCCCAGCCGGAGACUGAACAAGGCUGGUUGCGUCUGGAUAAAAAAUGUGCAUCCUUUGGUCAGUUCGUCUGUGGCUGGGUUCGAGACAGACUGGCUAAAGAUGCUUCAGUCUUUCGUCUCGCGAUCAUUGGGAUCUCUUGUUUUAUUUUAGUGUUCUUGUGGGUGUUUGUGCGGCGCUUCAUGUAUGUAACUGGGAUGUUGUAG